UUUAUUUCACUCGAAAAUGACAGUGUUUGAGUAAAAGUGAUUAAUGUUAUUAUUAUAAUUAACAUUGUUUUCACGUAUCCAACCUAUUUUGCAUUGAUUUUAACAUCAGAUGUUGAAGAAACAGUAUUGUUGUGUGUUUUCAUUGUUGAACUUUGAAUUUUUAUAAACCACAACUGUCAUGUUUAAUGUUUUUGUCUCGAGAAUAAUACAACAUACUGAAUUGAGUUUUAUCAACAUAAAACAUGAAAACUGAGCAUAGUAAUUGAAGCUUUAAAAAAUGAUAUGAUCAGUUCAAAAUUUGAAUUUAUCGAAAACAUUCAUUUGUCCGAUUCUAAAUAAAUUGCAUCUCGGGCAUGAAAAUGCCGUUUUGUAAUCGAAUUCAUUACUUUUAACGUAAAUGUCAAGGUCUUAACAAAUUUCGUCUCAAAUUCAUAUCAAAUAUUAAUUCUUAUGAAACAAACUGCUACAAUUUUGUUUUACUCCAUUUUUUUAAACAGAGAAUAUUACAUUGCCAGCCAUCAGUAUAGCACCAUUCAUACUUCUGUUAUCUCUCUGCACAAUCCUUCAACCGAAAGUGCCAAAAUCCGACUCUCCACUGUGGCUUUCUGCGUCUUUAACCGCAAGAAUCAAAAGCAACACAUGCACAACAUAUCCUUGAAGUUUGUAGUUUUGGCAGCUCGUUGCUCCCUUUCAGCCAGCACUGUCCGAAGCUUUCAAUCUGUAGUUGAAUCCUCGACGUGAGAAGUCAUGACCCACAUGGCCAUUUCCUUCGCAUUUUGAAGGCUGCUUGUAGUUGCAGUUCUUGUAUUUGCAGUUGCAGUUUUUGUUGUUACAGUUGCUGCUGCUGCUGCUACUGUUGUUGUUUUGGGUGCUGUAACAGUUAUUUGCAGGUAUUGUGGUGCUUUUCUCUGCAUGUUGCUCAGUGUUGCGCAGCUUCUGCAUAGUAUCGGCCAGCCUGCGAAGGAGCCACCUACGGACAGAGAGUGGGCAGCUUCCCUUUGCUUUACAGUGAGUGAGGGAGGGCGAUAGGCUUAGAAGGAUAGAGGGAGGGAGGGCGAGAGAGAGAGAGAUGAUGGUCACCAUGGCUCCAUCGUCCGAGGUGCCUGGAUCGCCAUCAGGGUCUCCUCCUGCAUCGCCACCUCCAGCAGCAGCGUUUCUGGGUCAGUCGGUCAUCCCUCUCGUCAACAAGCUGCAAGACAUUCUGUGCCAGCUUGGAAGCGCUUCGACCAUUGAUCUGCCUCAAGUGGCUGUGGUGGGGAGCCAAAGUAGUGGAAAAUCAAGUGUUCUAGAAGCACUGGUCGGUAAAGAUUUUUUACCAAGAAGUUCAGAUAUUUGUACGCGGCGCCCCUUAGUCCUGCAGUUGGUUCAAACACUUCGAAGAUCCGAUGAGAAGUCAGAGCUUGUGGAAUGGGGGGAGUUUCUUCACAUUCCUGGUCGGCAGUUCACGAAUUUCUCUGCAAUUCGCAAAGAGAUUCAGUUGGAGACGGAACGGGACAUGGGAACAAAUAAAGGAAUAUCUGAAAAGCAGAUUCGUUUGAAGAUUUUUUCUCCAGAUGUGUUGAACAUUACGUUGGUUGACUUGCCUGGCAUUACGAAAGUUCCAGUUGGAGACCAACCCACAGACAUCGAAGCACGCGUGAGGACCAUGAUAUUAUCGUACAUAAAGCACAAAACCUGUAUCAUCUUGGCAGUCUCGCCUGCCAAUGCUGAUCUUGCUAAUUCUGAUGCCCUUCAAAUGGCUCGAAUAGCUGAUCCAGAUGGAUCUCGGACCAUUGGCGUAAUCUCAAAGCUAGAUAUCAUGGAUCGAGGCACGGAUGCUCGGAGUUUGUUAUUAGGAAAUGUUAUACCUCUUCGCCUUGGAUACGUUGGCGUGGUCAACAGGAGUCAAGAGGAUAUUAGUCGCAACAGAAGCAUCAGGGAUGCACUCACAAAUGAAGAGAACUUUUUCCGCAGCAGGCCUGUUUAUCACAACUUGUCAGAUCGAUGUGGUGUUCCUCAGUUGGCAAAGAAAUUGAACACGAUUUUGGUCCAACAUAUAAAGGCCGUGCUUCCUGAUCUUAAAUCCCGUAUUAGCAAUCAGAUGAUUUUCUUGCAGAAGGAAUUGACCAGUUAUGGAGAAUUGACAGAUUCCAAGUCAGGACAAGCAGCAUUAUUGCUUGGAAUCAUCACCAAGUAUUCGUCAGAUUAUCAGUCAAUUGUGGAAGGAAAUUAUGAAGAGAUGUCCACAACUGAACUUUCUGGAGGAGCACGUAUACACUACAUUUUCCAAGAAAUUUUUGUCAGAGGCCUAGAGGUGCUUGUCUGGCCUUUGAAUGUUGGAGGCAAAGUAACAGUUGUCUUUUAUUUUAUCUUGAAUCAAAUGGAAAUACUUAUGGAACUGGAGUUGGUACAGGAGGUUGAUCCAUGUGAUGUUUUAACCGAUGAGGAUAUUCGAACUGCCAUUCAAAAUGCAACAGGACCCAAAAAUGUGCUCUUUGUGCCUGAGGUGCCUUUUGAGGUUUUAGUGCGUCGACAAAUUGCUCGAUUAUUGGAGCCUAGUCUGCAAUGCGCACGGUAUAUUUAUGAUGAGCUUGUCAAGAUUUCUCAAAGAUGUGAAUCAUACGAGUUGCAACGGUUUCCCCUUUUAAGACGUCGCAUUGAUGAAGUGGUAGCCAAUUUCUUACGUGAUGGCUUGGCUCCUGCAGAAACUAUGAUUGGACACCUAAUUGAAAUGGAGAUGGACUAUAUAAAUACUUCCCAUCCUGCUUUUCUUGGAGGUAGUAAGGCCGUUGAGGUUGCGCUUCAGCAGCAGCGGAGUUCCAUGGUUUUAACUUCUAACACGAUCAAAGCCAAGGAUAUGCAUGAUUGUAAAGAAACUCGGGCUGAAAGACUGCUGAUUCUAGAGAAGCCCACAAAGAACAAGAAGCCUCAUAAUCUGCAGCGAGAGAAACCUGUUUUAUCAGGAAGUUCUGGACCAGUGGGAAGUUGGGGUAUACCGUCAAUAUUUGGAACCAUUGAAAAAAGUUCCAGCGACGGGGACAAGGAACAUAUAUUAAACCGUGGUCACAGUGAACCCAUCCAAGGAAGCGUGGAGUCAUCGUAUGCAUGUAUUCAGCUCCGCGAGCCACCCUUGGUGUUGAGGGUAAAUGAUGUUCAAACAGAGCACGAAUCAGUAGAAAUCUCUGUGACUCGCCUGCUUCUAAAUUCCUACUAUGACAUUGCACGAAAGAAUAUUCAGGAUUCCGUUCCCAAAGCCAUCAUGCACUUUCUGGUAAAUCACUCAAGACGGGAACUUCAAAGUGUCUUCAUCCGGAAGUUAUACAGGGAAAAUAUGUUUGAGGAAAUGCUUCAAGAAAAGGAGGAGAUAGCAGCAAAGAGGAAACGAUGCAAAGAGAUUCUACGUGUGCUUCAACAAGCUGCAUGGAGCUACUCAGACGCUGAGAGGGGAUUCGCAGAGUGUAUGAGCUGUGGAUGUUUCUGGAACUCUGAAGAGAUGUUGCAGGAACUGCCUCUUGACUUGGAGGCCUCCUCCCGGCAAUCGUAUAGCAGUAACGACCCAACAGGUUUGCUACCCCAGCCACAGUGUUUGAGAUCGCCGUCCAACUCCACAGCUCACAGGGAUUGCAACGCCAUGGAUUCGUCCCUGCCCACAUCGUUCAUGAUCUCAUCAUCGAGGAUGGCUUCAUCCCGGAGAGAAGGCUCUGAUCCUUGCCUGGACUCGACUGGGUUUGUGGCUAUCGACAGUGCCCUCGGCAUUGCAGUGUCCAGCGGUGGGCAGCGCCCAACCGUUGAUCCAAGUUGACUGUCGUGGGUCGACGUGGAGAAUCUUUGUCACCCAAUUGCUGAUUCCUUCCUCGUGAUGCAGUCGGUAAUCCAGGUGGUCGGUAGUCAGAUUGAUGUUGUGUGGGGGCAAUCCAUUUCUGAGGAAGACGCUUCUAGGAAUAUUGAUUUAUAUAUAUAAACAUACACAUACAUACAUCAACUAGAUUAGUUAGAGGAAUAUUUGUAUCCAAAGGAGAAGAUGAAAUGAGAGGUAGCUAUCUUUUACAUACUUUAAACAACCAAGAUUGAGAAGGUUUCUUGAGUUGAUUUUAUAUUCAAAAAAAAUUGGCCCAGUAUUAAAUAGAGAAAAUGAUGAAGUGGAAUGCACUUUCAUCCUACUUGUGAAUAGAGUGUUAUUUUUUGGAAUUUUAAUUUGACAUACCUAAAGAAGUGAUUUUUAGAAAAAAUUA